GGGCCUCGGCGCGCGUGCGCACAGGGUGGCGGCUCAGUCGCUCCCGAGCUGAGGAGAAAGCGGCGCGGCGGGCGGAGAUGACUGUUCGAGAUACAAGAGAAACCAGAACAAUCUGCUCAUUCACCCAAACUCGCUGAAGCAGACCCCAAGACGUCCCUGGGCUCUUGUGCCACCCCAGACAUAACGGGUGUAGGAUGGCAAACGGGUUAGGAGAAAACCCCAUGCCAGGCUGCCAGAGGAUUUAGCCAUCUCUGCUCCCCUCCCAGGGCAGGAGGACUCCGCCAGCAGCCCAGGCAUUCCCCCGGGGCACCCCGAACCAUGGACUCCCCUGGCUACAACUGCUUCGUGGACAGAGACAUGAUGGACAGGGCCAUCCACGACACGGGGCCCCGGGAGCUGGGCUGCACGGAGCUGCCAGAGCUGAAGCAGCUGGCGCGGCAGGGCUACUGGGCGCACAGCCACGCCCUGCGGGGCCAAGUGUACCAGCGGCUGAUCCGCGACAUCCCCUGCCGCACAGUCACGCCCGACGCCAGCGUGUACAGCGACAUUGUGGGCAAGAUCGUGGGCAGGCACAGCGGCCACAGCCUCCCGCUGCCCGAGUUCGUGGACAACACGCAGGUGCCCAGCUACUGCCUGAGCCCGCGGGGCGAGGGGGCUGUGCGCAAGGUCUUGCUGUGCGUGGCCCACCAGUUCCCCGACAUCUCCUUCUGCCCCGUGCUGCCCGCCGUCGUGGCGCUGCUCCUGCACUACAGCCUGGACGAGGCCGAGUGCUUUGAGAUGACGUGCCGCAUCCUCGCCUGCAACGACCCCAGCAGGAAGCUCAUCGACCAGAGCUUCCUGGCCUUCGAGUCGUCCUGCAUGACCUUCGGGGACCUGGUGAACAAGUACUGCCAGGCGGCCCACAAGCUGAUGGUGGCCGUGGCGGACGAUGUCCUGCAGGUCUACUCGGACUGGCAGCGCUGGCUUUUCGGGGAGCUGCCCCUCAGCCACUUCGCCCGCGUCUUCGACGUCUUCCUGGUCGAGGGGUAUAAGGUGCUGUACCGGGUGGCGCUGGCGAUCCUCAAGUUCUUCCACAGGGCGAGGGCCGGGCAGCCCCUCGGGCCGGACAGCGUGAGGCAGGACAUCCGGCUGUUCGUCAGGGACAUCGCCAAGACGGUGUCUCCUGAGAAGCUGCUCGAGAAAGCCUUCGCCAUCCGGCUUUUCUCGCGGAAAGAGAUCCAGCUCCUGCAGCUGGCCAACGAGAAGGCGCUGAAGCAGAGAGGCAUCACCGUCAAGCAGAAGAGAGAUUCAUUCUCUAAAAGGCAGUUUGUGCACCUGGCCGUCCACACGGAGAACUUUCACUCGGAAAUCGUCAGCGUGAGGGAGAUGCGGGACAUCUGGUCAUGGGUCCCCGAGCGUUUCGCCCUUUGCCAGCCCCUGCUGCUCUUCUCCUCGCUGCAGCACGGCUACAGCCUGAGCAGGUUCUAUUUCCAGUGUGAGGGGCACGAGCCCACCCUCCUGCUCAUCAAGACCACACAAAAGGAGGUGUGUGGUGCUUACCUGUCAACAGACUGGAGCGAGAGAAGCAAGUCCGGAGGCAAACUGGGCUUCUUCGGCACUGGGGAGUGCUUUGUGUUCAGACUGCAGCCUGAGGUCCAGCGCUACGAGUGGGUGGUCAUCAAGCACCCCGAGCUGACCAAGGUGACGCCUGCAGUGCCCCUGGAUACCACCGCUGCCCCCACCCAGCUCUGCCACACCGUCCCCCGGGACCCUGCCGACCGCCUCUCGCCCUUCCUGGCCGCUCGGCACUUCAGCCUGCCUUCCAAGACGGAGGCCAUGUUCAUGGCUGGUGGCAGCGACUGCCUCAUCAUCGGUGGAGGGGGCGGCCAGGCGCUCUACGUCGAUGGGGACCUGAACCGCGGCCGGACUGGGCACUGCGACACCUUCAACAACCAGCCGCUCUGCUCCGAGAACUUCCUCAUCGCAGCCGUGGAGGCCUGGGGCUUCCAGGACCCCGACACCCAGAACCUGGGCCAGUGAUGCGCCUUGCUGGGCGGCUGCUGGGCUGCUGGGGGGGUGCUGGGUGCUGCGGGGGCGCGGGGCGGGGGUGCCACAGCAGCCGUCCCUGCCUCCACCUCGCCUGGCCCCAGCCGCUCAGUGAUGUACCCAUCGGGGCCACCUCUCCUGCUGGAGCCCAGGCUUCUGGAAGGGUCCGAGGGCAUCUUUGACUCCUGUCGGUUGGCUCCUUCCUCCCCCAUGGAGGCAGUACCAGAGCCUGAGUCCCCACAGGCUGAGGGUGGGUCCCCGGUGUCCCCUGCUGGUGCUCCUCCUGCAACUCCCAGCAUGUCGGGAUCCUGAGAAGAGCUGGUGCUCUUGGGCCUGCUCGAUCCCACUCCCUGCGCCCACAGCCUCUGCUCCCGUGUCCUAUCCCUGCCUCGGCUCUUGGGGCAGCAUCUCUGAGGCUCCCAGGGGCAGCAGGGCCCAGUGGGGCAGCAAGCCUGUCCUGGGUUUGUGCAGAUUUGCAGAGCCUGAAGCUUCUGCGGUGCCUGCGGGUUCACACCUGGGGUGGUGGCCACAGGGCAGCCCGGGGAGAGGCCCUCUGGGAAGACCAGCCCCUCGGCAUCCCCCAGCCUGGCGGCUGCCACAGGCCCCCUCAGUGCUCCCUGGCCCACGGCCUCUUCCCGUCCGGCUCCCAGCAUGCCCCGCUGCAUGUCCACCCCACGCCCCCCAGGCCCCUGCCCAACAGCCCCUGCCCCACAGCGUUCCCCUGUGUGGAGACUCGCUUCCCCCCACGCCCCUCUGGUAGCGGUUGGCUGGCCGCACAACCCCUUUUGGACUUGGGGUAUCUGGGCCUCCUGCCUAGCCAGGCCCCAGAUCCCCAUCCUCGCGCACAGUGGUUCCGGUGAGACAGGCCGGGGGGACAGGCAGCGGCCUCUCCCACCUGUAUGACUUCCCAGCUGGCCCUGGGGGCACCACGGAGGGCAGUGGGGAAGCAGAGCCCGAGGCAGCCGUGUGGGGCCUGCAGGCCUGGGUUCCUGAAACACAGGCCCCGCGGAGUCACCCAGCCCCCAGCUCCAGGCUCAGGCCAGCACUGCACUGCCUGCCCCACCUCCCUGUGCCCCUCCUGCGCAGGCCGCCCCAGCCCCCUCUCAGUGGGGGGCAGAGGCAGGAAACUCACACGGCCCAUCAGGAACUCAGUUUCCCUCACUGCCCAGUGGGGACCAUCCUCCUGCCCUGCUCUCCUCUCGGGGCUCAAGGGCCUCAAGGGGGUGGGGGGUUCCCAGCAGGGCUGAGGCACUGUGAGGAGUGUCACUGCAGACCCCCGUGGCCCUUGCCAGCCCCUUCCUGCGAGCCCUCAGCCCUGCGUGUACCACUGCCCGCUGCCCAUUAAACAGCCUCUGUAUUAACUCCAGGCUUUGGGUCUGGUCUCUUCAGCCAGGGGGUUUCUGGAGGUUCCCCAGGAUGGGGAGGGGGUACAGUCGGCUGCCCAGUGGCCGUGUUUGUAAGUGUGUUCUCACCACUGAUCGCUUCUGAAAACAGCCUCUCGGAAGCAGCUGAAGUUACAUUUGUGCACGAUUUGCAGGGUUCCCUCCGUAAACUUACUGAACCGAGUGAGUAGGGCCUUAUGAGCAGCUCCCGCUUCCAGAACCUUCUGUGCCGCCGCACCAAGGAGCCCCCACGCACCCGCCUGGAGAGCCAGCCCGGGGAUGGCCACUGAGGCCCAAUCUCCACAUCGUGGUAAUUUAGAUUCACAGAAGACUCACCAAGGUGGUCCCGAGUGUCCCUGGCGGCCCUCCACUUUCCCAGCGUGGCAUCUUCCGUGAUGGCGGCUCCUUCGCCAGGACUGAGCUCAGCGUGGUGGGGGCUCUGUCGACUCCAGCCCCACUCAGGUUCUUCUGGGCGCCCCCCUAAUGUCUGGUUUCGGUUCCAGAAUAGAUUGAAUUGUUUUGGAUGUUUAGUUUCCCACAUUUUUGUUAAAUCCAGAAUGCUGUCAAAUUUCCAAGACAAACACUGUUUCAAACAAAAAGAUGGCACCGAUGAGGCAUUAUAGUGAGUACCUCAAAUUUGGAUUCCUGCACCUCAGAGUUCUCUUCCUGGGCCUGAGUCUCUUGUCUGUGUGGAAAAGUCUCCAAGUGACGCCUGGGUUCCUCACCCCCGAAUAUGUGCCAUAGGCAGAAAAGUGCGUGGAGUUUUAAAAACAUCCACUGGUGUAACUACAUAUGCAUAGAGGGAGCACGUGUGUGCACGUGUGCGCACGUGUCGGGCCGUGCCCAAGAAGCCGAGCAGAGUGGAUGUGAUUUGCUGCUGCCGCUGAAGCCCUGUGCACCCUGCCCGCCCGCCCCGCGGCCCGGGUGGAGCCUGUCUCCUCCUUUGGGCCAGGCAGGGGCUGUGUGGUGCACAUGUCCAUGUGUUGACCCACGGCCUGGCCCCUCCUGGUCUGCAGUGUGCCCUGCCUGCUCAGACCAGUCACCGUGGACCCCCAGGAGGGAGCCGGGGUGGCAGCUUUGAGGUGAAGCAAGAGUGGGGCGUGGGCUGGUGCACCCCGGGCCUUUGGAGGGCCGGAGUGCAGGGAGAGGGCACCCGGGGGCCCCCUUGGCCAGGCCGCUCCUGACGCCCUCAGUGGGGGAAGCCCACCGAGCCCACACCUUCCCGAGGAAAUGGAGCAGGCCGGUGCACCGUGUCAUGGACGCUGACAGGCAAUGGAGUGAACAUAAGGGUUGCAUGAACGAAUUUAAACUUGCAUUAUGAAGGACAGUCAUUGGCUUCUUUUUAAAAAGGGUGUACAGAACGGAUGCUUUGGAGCUUCUGAGUAAAUAUGAUAAUAAUGUUUAAAAAGCCAGGACCUUGUGGAAAUACAACCAUGUGUAGCGACCCAAUGUGUGUUUGAAGUGAAACCUGACUUUGGAAAAGUGAAAAUAAAAAUGAUCUGGUGAUGUAUU